GUAUAAAAUAAGGUGAGACAGAUGUAAAAUUAUUGUGAGGAAAGAGACGACAGAAGCUGGUGAACUACAAUGGUCAAAUCAGGAUCUAUUGGCGUUCUGUUGAUGGCUCUCCUUUUUGGGAGUGGAGACUUCUUAAAAAUGGAGAGAGGCCGUACAAAUGUCACUGAGCAAUGUUCUAUGCCUAAACCGUGUAAUGUGUACGGCUUCACUAAACUGGUACAAGUGGGCAGUGUCUGUGUCAAAUACUUCAACAGUCCUCUCAACUUUACUCAGGCUGAGUUCAGCUGUAGGACCAAAGCCCCUGGGGCACACCUGGUGUCAGUGCAUAAAAAAGAGCAUAAUGAUAAACUGCUCUGCAUUGUGAAAAAAUUCAACCCAAAUAACCUGCGCAUCUGGCUUGGAGCUUUUGAACUUUUUUAA